GUACACAGUCGAGACCAUCAAAAGCCCCUGGAACAGCAAAGUAUGUUUAGUGGGUUGGGGCUUCUCUUGUAGGGAUUCCCACAAGUCCCCUCCCCCCCGUUUCCUCUGCGUUACGCCUGUCCGUAGCAAUUUGACCAUGCUUUCUGCUUCCAACGGGGGUACGCGACCAAAAGAGUUGUGGAGAUGGCAGUUAUACACUGCGCUGGCCACAGCAGUUGCAGCGCUGCUGUUGGCCACGCUCCUCUGGAAGGCGUGGAGGCCAGAGCAUCAUCUUCAAGACCUCAUCAACGAGAGAUUCGGGCAAGAGGUGGCACGCACCCGCCACUGGCCAGAGGAGUGCAUCAGAUUGCGCUCGCCUCCAGCAAGCGCGGACAGUUUUUUGGCUGGCAUCAAGAACGAUGGAAUGCCAGUUAUCAUCCGCAGAGCACACAGCAUUUUUGGUGAUUCUAUCAAGCUGUGGCGCAAUGUAAGUCACCUGCUCGACACGCACGGCGCUGCCGUGUUCAGCGCCUCGUACUUCGACGCGACGGACCCCGACGAACGCUUCGGAAUCACCCCUGUGGAGGGGGGCCGCUACCUGCAGAAGCCAUACCGGACCUCACGCUCGCUGGCGGAGGUGGUGCGCUUCGACCGCGAGGACAGGCUGCUGGUCCUCGAGCAGGCCUGCCUCCGCUGCCCCGAGGAGGACGCGGACGGGGGCGGGCCCAGGGCCGCCGAGGCCGCCCGGAACGCCAGCGGCCCCAACCGCACUGGCGCGGACGGCCAGGACGACACCGCGGGCCUGCGUUGGCGGAUGUUCGAGGAGUGGAGUCCGCCGCCUUUCCUGGGCGACCUGGUAGUCCGGCAGGUCAACCUCUGGCUCGGGAGGCUGCCGGUCGGAGGGGCAGGCAGGCCGAAAGAGAGCCCGACGCACUUCUCCUUCGACGAAAACGACAACCUCAUGCUGCAGAUCCGAGGGUCGAAGGUGUUCUGGCUCUACGACGCAGUGGACGCACCGAACCUGCACCCGCAGAUCAUGCAGGCGAGGCUGAAGGGCGACCCUGAUACGGAUGAGGGGAGGAGGCCUGGCAAGGUAGACGACCUCUUGCAGGACAAUUUCUCCCCAGUCGACCCACUGAGACCCGAUGCGGCCCGCCUGCCCCGCUCGCGCCACGCGACACCGAUGCGGUGCGAGCUGCUGCCGGGAGAGGCGUUGUACCUACCAGCGUUCACAUGGCACCACGUUGUGAACUACGGGGAGGCGUCGAACGAUUCGUUGGAGAACGGCCUCAACAUCGGUGUCAACGCCUGGUUCGAGGGCGAUGCCCGCUUCAGGUUUCUCUUCGAGUCGUUGAUGGCAGUGCUUCGUGGUACGCUGAAAGACGGCACGAGGAAAGCCGAGAGCGCGGACAAGCUGGAGCACCUAGAGAACUGAAGGGGCACGCUCAGCGUCUGCAUCGCUUCGCGGCUGGCUGACGGCAAGGGAUGUAUUUGUGCCACUCCUCUAUUCGUCGUCUCUUGUCGCUCGCCCUUCGCCCCCCCACGUGCACGAAGAGCAGCUGCGGUGCAGUGCGCUGCACGGUCACGCUUUUCAGAAGAGAGGGAAGAGAAGACAAAAAAAG